AUGACAGUUAACGGUGAUGCGCGGGCAAAGAUCAUUGAGGCGGUGAAGGUCGAUAUCCUUACCGAGACUCAGGAAGAUGACAAUGCCAAGUGGCUACAGUCCGUCUCCCGGAGCUUCAUCUCUGAUACCAUCACAGCCCCGACGAAGGAAAUGUACGCGUAUGCAGUGCGCGCAUCGCUCGGCGAUGACGUGUAUGAUGAGCCCUGCACUAAGACCUUGGAGACGCAUAUGGCCAAGCUGACCGGCAAGGAAGCCGCUCUGUUUGUUCCCUCUGGCACUAUGUCCAACCAGCUGGCAUUGCGGACACACCUAAAGCAGCCGCCAUACUCUGUCCUAUGCGAUCACCGCGCGCACAUAGCCAGAUAUGAAGCAGGUGGUACAGCAUUUCACUCCGGCGCGCAACUUGACUACGCUAUCGCGGCCAAUGGGCACCACCUUACACUUGACGAUAUCAAGGAACAUGUUGUCCUUGGAACGGACGUUCACAGCUGUCCAACGGCCGUGAUCGAGCUUGAGAACACUCUUAACGGAACCAUUAUCCCACAGGAAGACGUCAUCGCCAUCUCAGAUUUCGCUCACAGCAACGGCAUCAAGAUGCAUCUGGAUGGAGCGCGUAUCUGGCACGUAGCGGCCGAGACUGCGACCCCGAUCAAGGAGCUUUGUGACCCAUUCGACUCUGUCAGUCUCUGUUUCAGCAAGGGACUCGGUGCACCCAUCGGCUCGUGUCUCGUCGGUUCGAAGGAGUACAUCAUACGCGCACGGUGGUUCAGGAAGAUGUUCGGCGGAGGAAUGAGACAGACAGGUUUCAUGGCGGCCUCUGCUGCGUAUGCGCUGACACACCAUUUUCCCCUCCUCUCUGGAGUGCAUGCUCUGACUCGGCGUUUGGAGAGCGGGCUGCAGGAUAUCGGUGUCGAGAUUACUAGCCGUGCUGAGACUUGCAUGGUGUUCUUCGAUCCAUCCCCUAUCGGUGUUUCUUAUGCCGAGCUCGUGGACCGCGCUGCGAAGUUGCCCAGCCCGAUUAAGCUCGGGGGUUCGCGCCUGGUGGUGCACAUCCAGACAUCCGAGCAAACUGUGGAUGACUUCUUAGCCCUUGUGCGGCAGCUUGUGCAGGAGAAGAAGGACGCGGGUUUCGUCGCCUCCGACCAUACCGGCGAGAAGAGGGGGACCGGAAAGCAGAGCAUAUAUGUGAAAGUCAGGCAAGCAGAUAUUGACAAGAUACAGCGGGAAACAUAG